AUGUUUACAGCAGCCCCGCUCGGGUUUAUGGCAGCUGAUUGUCAGCGGCCCCCCGGGCUCUCUGCCUCUUUUCCAGCAUCGUUACCGCUGCCAUGACUUACUGCCUGGGGCCUGGGGACCACCGUGCUUUGACGUCAUAUAUCUUCUUUUUUAUCCUUCUGGUGGUGGUGUUGCUUUCCAACUCUGCUGAAACAUAGAGUUACACACGUAGAAUCGUGUCAUUUCUAAAAAGGAGCUGCUUUUCUCUCCUUUUCUUCCAGAUUCCAACAGUGGGAAAAGAUGAAUGAGGUAAGGGAUACCCUAAAAGUCAUAGAAGACAACUACAAGCUCUUCCUGCAGCAGCAGUUCACGUUUAUUGGAGCUCUGCAACACACCCGAGAGAACGCACACGACAUGAUCAGGCCCGUGGCGAGCAUCAGCCAGGUACAGUCCUACAUGGACCACCACUGUAACAACUUAACGGACAGGCGUAUCCUCACCAUGUUCCUAAACAUCUGUAAUGACCUGAGCAAUCUCUGCCACAAGCUGGAAACUAUGCAUCGUGGUAACAGCACAACCAAUGAAAUUUUGGAAAGAUGCAAGCUGCUCCUUAACCACAGCAAUGAUCUGAGCACCAUCCGAGCCAAAUAUCCUCACGAUGUUGUGAAUCACCUGAGCUGCGACGAAGCAAAGAAUCACUUUGGAGGUGUGGUGAGCCUCAUCCCCAUUGUCCUAGAUGGCGUGAAGGAGUGGCUGUCCCACAUUGAGAAGCUGCCACGGCACAUGGUGUGUAACGUGAGUGAUACAAGUGCUGAGAAGAGGGCACCCCAGGAUGCAGCAUCUAGGGCAGCCAUUUCCCCCCAAACACCUUCCGUCCAUCCUGAAGCUCAGACCUCAGUUAGUAACAAAGAUUGUGUACAAGUGCAGGGGAAUAAGCGUGUCAGAAAGAAGCACAUGACUGACAGAGAAAACCACUGUGGGAAACUUAAAGGCCCCUGGAAACCACCUGGCAGACAUGCCUUUUAAAGGAUUGGAGGUCGUGUAUCUUCCACUUAACCGCCUUUAAUCAGGUGGCUGAUUAAAGAUAGUGAAAUGAACACUGCAAAUCCAAGAUCUGAAGAGUUAGUCCUGGCAGAUCUAUCUUCCUCUUCCUUGCUGUUAUUUCCACUCUCCUCCUGAAAGUCAGAUCUCAACAGAAGCACCUUUAUCACUCGUGGUCCCUUUGACAAGUAUUGUGGUGAGAGUACCAGUGAGGAGCAAUCAUAUUCUAAUCAUACUGGGCUUAUCCCUAAGAUUUCCCCACCCCAGCUGAUCCCAUGGAAAUCACCAGCUUUUUGGACCAAAAAAUCAGUGUUGACAGGACUGCAAUGCCAUUGGCUAUAGGAAAGGUCAGCAUGGUUUAGCUGCACUGCCUGGGCUCUGCGGGGUCCUUGCAGAUCCUCACAUCAUCACAGUAACACCAACCAGAACAUUUUCCUUAUAUCCACUUUGACUUCUUUGCUGUCAGCAGAGCUGGAAAUAUAAAGGAUUCCUCCCCAGACCCAGGCAAAGCUAACGGGAGGUCCUUUUCAUUAAGCAUGACUAAUGGGAAUAUAAGGGAAGCAGAGAUUGAGAAAGCGGUGGCCAUUUUCAGAUGGUUCCUUUCUUUACAGACUGCAAGUUAUAUAAAAAAAAAAUGCCUCUCCCCCUUUUCAAGAAAAGAACCCAGCUUCCUUGAUUUUCAAGGGCGUUAUGACACCUCGUUCAUUAAAACUGAAAGGCACUGGAAAUGGUCUCACGCUGCUUUUAUAACAGCCCUUUGCAAUUCCAGCACAAUACCUUUUCCCCAGUUGCUGAGAGCAGCUUUCCUCCCAGCCCUCUUUGGGGGCUCAGCAGUUACAGAGCCCCCACUCCCUGCAGCUGACAUGCAUCUGUGGUGGUGCUUUUAUUCAAAUGCAGUUAGCUACAAACUUAGGAUCUCACUAAUGCAAUGUCUUCCCUGUAUCUGACUGCUCUUUUCCCCUCCCACAGGCAAAUUAGCUCCUGUUCUUUGCUUCCUGCUGGAAGACACUCCUGAAUAAACAAUUUCCCCUUGCAUACUUGGCUCAGUUUGCUCAAAUUGUGGAAAGCUGUUGCCUUACGACCAGAUUUUGGCAACAAGCAGCCAAAAAAGAAGGGAGAAUUAACACAACACAGAGGAGGGAACAUAGUAAGGAAUGAUAGCUCAGAUGAAGUAAGUAGUUCCAGGAGCACUGUGAUUCCUCACAUAUACCCUCUUUCUUCUCCACUUUCCUUCCUCCCCUGCCUCCAUGUGCUGCUCUCUAAUACAUCUGCCCAUCUGGAGAAGAAGCUGAUUUUUAUGAGGCAUUGCACUCCAACUGAAAUAUGAUGAACUCCAAAACCUUCCUGAGAUGACACAGACUCCAGGGCACUAACGGGGCCACAGCAGCAAGAUGUGCUUCAUUAGGGAGCUGUGUUGCAGAGGCAGCUUUUGGGAAGGGAAUCAAAGCUGUCUGCAGCUGCCUCAUUGUGUUUCGUGUUGCAAAGACAAGUGUCUGAUAACAGUUGCUGGCCUGGAAAGUUUUCCAAACCCAGCACAGCUAUGUUGGCUACAGGGCAACAAGUGUUGGGACACCAGGGAUACAAUUCCCAGCUCUCUUUUCUGGCUGUCCCAGUGCCAGCUGCCAAGACAUUUCAGUUUGAAUAUGCAGGCUCUGAUCAGACUGCAAUUACCCUCCACUCCAGAGCUCCUUUCAGUUCCCACAGCACAUGACAGCACAAACUGCACGUCAGAGCAGUGCCACCAGAGCUGCUGCCUCUCCAGCCCCGCUGUUAGCACUCGUGCUUGACAGAGGUCUGACACACACAACAAACACAAUUCACAGACCUUAGCAGUCGUCUCUAACCUGGCCUUAUCCUUUCAAUCAGUCUUAAGCAAAAUCUGAAGACACAAGCAGGAAAACGAGCACAUAAAACUGCAGUCUGGGGUUUGGUAAUGACACGACCAGGAUCUGUUGGAAAGACACAAAGUUAAACCUCACAAAAACAGAGAGACAAAUUACUUAAUUUCCAUACAAGUUCUUCUCUUCCAGAGUGGAUGGACACUUCAAAAGAGAAAAAGAUACAGCAAGAAUUGUUUUUCUCUCUUACAAAUCAAGCUGUUUGAGGCAUUUACAUAAACAGGAUGUAAAUGCCAAGCACAGAAGUGCCAUAAAGUUCUACUUCAGCCUCUGCGAGCAUAAAAUCUCAAGAGACUGCUGGCACUGAGCUGAUGUACGCCGAGAAAAUAAACGCCUCAUUCCUUUCAGAUGCUGAGGGCUGCAGGGCAGCACAGCUUAGGGCAUCCCAGCACCCAUCACUGCCUUGGGGUAAGGCUCACCUCUGACUUCUGUGAGUGUGCAAGUUAAGUGUCCGGCCCUGCAGCCCCAAAUGCUGAUACAGGGCUCUGAAUGCCAAUGCUUCCCCCACAAAGCUCUGUAACUUCCAAACUCCAGCCUAUUGCACUGGUAGUGAAGCAGUACAAGUAAAUCAAGAUCAACCAGCAAAAAGCGCUUAAAAGACAUGAAAUAAAGUUAGUGAUUUCCUUCCCUGGUGCCUAUUGUGUAUUUAUUGUUCGCAGCCAGGUUUACAAACUACCAAGCUAUUACAUUGUAGCUUUUCUUUCUUCUUUCUUGCUGUACCUUGGGGCCACAGUUCUGUGGCUAACACCUGCCAUUCUUACACUGGCACAUUCAGCUUCCCAGCAGCACGCUUCUUAAGAGCUGUGCAAAAGGGAUUCAAAACGAGCUUGGAUGAACUUUCUGCUUUCUUACCCAAUGCAGGAGGACCAAAAGCAGCUUUCCCCAACACCCAGUAUCUAGAACAAGGCAUAGGGUUACACAACAUCUUCCCAUUCAGCCAGUGUGCUUUCACAGACAGCCGCACAUUGACUCGUGCCUUCAUGCACGCUGUUCAAAUUCUGUCAAAUGAACACCAUACAAAAAGGGGCAGAACCUCUUACCUGCUCAAUGCUGUUCUGCUCGCAGAUCCUGGAGGAUGCUUCACUUGGUUUCUGCACGUUCAGCCUCAGCACAGCUUGGUCCCAAACAGAUCAGCUUGCAGGGAAUUUAACACUUAGUAGUGCAAAACAAUACAUUUUAUUUGUUCACAGUUAAACACAAGCAACUGCCUUGACAUUUUAGAACAUUCUAAUAAGGACAGCAAAACCUCCUUUUGGUUUAAGUUCUCUUUAGCUUAGGAUUGUACCAUUUCCUCAUGUUUCAUAUUUAUGGCAUUUAAUGUGGAUUGUUUAACAUGCUUACAAAGAGCGAGGCAGGGAACAGAUUAACUUGACAAAGACAGCAAUUUUAGAUUUAACUAAAAGCAGUCAGUUAGAAAAAAAAAUGUAUCUGUUUCCACUUCACUGAUGGGACCCCUUCAAACAAACUGCAGGUUAACUACAUACAGCAGAUCCAUGAUUUUUUGACUUUUACAAAAAAAAAAAAUAAA